AUGCCCGUUAACAGCCAGACUCAUAGGCGGAUUGUUGACAUCAAGACGAUUUGCGGAAGUUGUACGAUUCGCAAAGGAGUGGAAAAUGAAACGAUCACUGAUCUUGAUGGAUUGAAACAUGGAGGAUAUCGCUGUUCUUUGCACGAAGAAUAUCUCAAAUGUGGACCUCCUUGUGAACUCGAUUGCACAAAUCUCGGAAAGCCCUGCAACGUUAAAACGUGUCGACCUGGAUGUUACUGUCGGCCAGGAUAUGUAAGAGAAUAUCCCGGGGGAAAGUGUGUAUCGCAGAAGAAGUGUGACAGGCCAUCUUGUCCAAAGCACGAAGAGUACCUCUUCUGUGGCGAAGCCCCACUAUGCCAAACAACAUGUGAAAAUUACGGAAGGGCCUGCGAAAAACCGACAUCUGGACUCUGUCCUCAAGGUUGCUACUGCAAACAUGGUUAUGCUCGUCAUCCGGAUACCAAUCAGUGUGUUCAUGUCAAGAGUUGCCCCUUAUUUGAAUACGUUCCACAAAAACCAGAUCCAACUACCGAAGAGUCAGUAAAAGCAUGUCAAGCGAAUGAAGAAUUUCUCCAAUGUGGACCUGCUUGCCAAGUUGAAUGUUCCAAUUUGGGCAAAGACUGUCCCAGAUCUCAUGUCAAAUGCACAAGUGGAUGCUUCUGCAAACCAGGAUACGCCAGGGACGGUGCAGGAGGACCAUGUGUUCCACAAAAGAAUUGCCCAAAUCCCUAUUGUCCCAAAAACGAAGUUUGGUUAGGUUGCGGUCAGGCGCCGGAGUGUCAGGAGACUUGCGAUGGCGUGGACCGUGAUUGUGAAAGUCGGAAAUACCCUAAUAAUUGUCCAACAGGUUGCUACUGUCGUAAAGGCUAUGCUAGACAUCCCACAACUGGACUUUGUGUCCGGAAGAGUGAGUGCCCCAAGGAACCUGAAUGUGGAAGUCAUGAAGAAUACCGCGAAUGUGGAUAUCGAUGCAAGGAGAAGUGUUAUGUAGACAAGAAGGAGUGCAAGUAUGAACAGUGCGAGGCAGGAUGCUUCUGUCAACACGGAUACGCAAGGGUCAAUGGAAAAUGCCUUCCACAAGAUAAAUGUGUAAAGAAGUGCCCACCAAAUGAGGAAUACACCCAUUGCGGUAAACGAUGCAAUGAAGAUUGUAACGGUUCCGAAGGAUCCUGCAACAACUACGCUUGCGACCAAGGUUGUUUCUGCAUCAAUGGUUACAAAAGAGUAGCAGGAGUUUGUGUUCCUGUUUCAAACUGUCCUCCCCCUGAAUGUUCCGGUCAGAAUGAAGUGUAUACGGUUUGUGGUAAAUCCUGUUUUGAAGACUGCACCAAGUCAAAAGAGGACUGUGUAUAUGAGGGAUGCAAAGAGGGAUGUUUCUGUGACAAAGGUUACAAACGAGUUAGAGGUCGCUGUGUACCUGAAGAAGAUUGCGAAUGUCCCAAAUACGAGGAAUACAAGUGCGGAACGGAUUGUGAUGAAGAUUGUGGAGCAAGCUCAGUUGACUGUUGGAAGAAGAAGUGCAGCAAUCGAUGUCACUGCGUAGGAAAUUACAAGAGGGUUAACGGAGUAUGUCAACCACCUUCUCAAUGUCAGUGUCCCAGCAACGAAGAGUACAAGUAUGGAAGUAAAUGUAGCGAGGGUUGUGGAGCAUCUGAUAGCUCCUGUUCAAGUGAUAAGCAUUACUUCGACUGUUUCUGCAAGGACAACUUCAAGAGGGUAAACGGUGUUUGUGUUCCCGAUACCAACUGCCCUUGUCCAAAGAACGAGGAAUAUGUCUACGGAAGUCAUUGUGAAGAGGAAUGCAGUAGUGGUCCAAGUGACUGUAAGGAUUCGGAAUGCUACAAAGACUGUUUUUGCCAAGACGGUUACAGGCGAGUCAAUGGUUUAUGUGUCCCCGACAGUGAAUGUUCCUGUGGGAGGAAUGAGGAAUAUGCUAACGGAAACGAAUGCUUUGAGGACUGCACUAAAACUGUUGAAGAUUGUGUGCUAGAACCUAUUUAUAAAAGGUGCCAGUGUAAGCAUGGUUAUAAAAGAAUUCUUGGAGUAUGUGUUCGGGAUACUCUCUGCAAAUGCAAUGAAAAUGAGUCAUACAAAUACGGUAGUGAAUGCGAAGAAAAAUGUAGUUUUGGUUCGACAGACUGCUCACAAGAACUAUGCUACAAGGGAUGCUUCUGCAACGAAGGAUAUGUCAGGCUCGAUGGGAAGUGUGUACCAGGCAGCAAUUGCGGAUGCGGAGAAAAUGAAGAAUACGUCAACUCCAAUGAAUGUUCCGAAGAUUGUACGAAAACAUGGGACGACUGCAGAGGUGAACCGACUUCUUACGGAUGCUAUUGUGUCCGAAAUUACAAGAGAAUUACUGGAAAAUGUGUUCCAGAUGACAUAUGUCCUUGUCCAAGAAAUGAAGAAUUUGGUUUUACAAAUGAAUGCCUAGAAAGUUGUGCAGGAAAUCCGGAAUCUUGCAAAGGUUUGAGCACAGAAAACAGAUGCAAGUGUAAGGAAGGUUACAAAAGGAUACUGGGUAUAUGCGUAAGAGAUCACUUAUGUCCUUGCUCGAAAAAUGAGGAAUACAAAUACGGAGACAGAUGUCGUGAAAAUUGUCAACCAAACUAUGAUAGCUGUCCACAAGGUGAAACUUUCAAAGGAUGCUUCUGCAAAGAUGGAUACGUAAGAGUCAACGGUACCUGCCAACCAUUUGAUAAUUGCGUGUGCAAUGAGAAUGAGGAAUACUCUUAUUCAAAUCAGUGCCUUGAAAAAUGCGAAGGUAACCCCGACACAUGUGUAGAUUUACCAGUACACGCUGGCUGUUACUGUGCACCAGGAUUCAGAAGAGACAACAAAGGUAAAUGUGUGUCUGAUUCACACUGUCCAUGCAAAGCAAAUGAAAAGUACAAGUAUAGCAGUAAAUGCAAUGAAAAGUGCGUCACCGGAAACCUUGAUUGUUCACAAGAGCUAUGCUACAAAGGAUGCUUCUGUGAUGAUGGCUAUGUAAGAGUCAAUGGAAAAUGUGUCUCUGGAAGUAAUUGCAAAUGUGGAGAUAAUGAAGCGUAUCAAAAUAAUAACGAAUGCAACGAAGACUGUAGUAAAACUUGGGAUGAUUGCAGGUCUGAACCAUCAUCUUUCGGAUGUUACUGUAUUCGAAACUACAAGAGAAUUGAUGGUAAAUGCGCUCCAGAUGACAAAUGUCCAUGCCCAGAUAACGAGGAAUUCGGGUUUACCAAUGAGUGUCUAGAAAGUUGCGAAGGAAAUACAGUCGUUUGCGAUGGUCAGAAUACUGUAAACAGAUGCAAAUGUAAGGAUGGCUACAAGAGAAUUUUAGGGGUAUGUGUAAAAGAUAGUGCAUGCCCCUGUCCUGACAGAAAUGCGGAAUACAAACACGGAAAACCAUGUGAAUACGAAUGUGAACCACCAGGCGAUUGCUCUGAUCAAGAGUGCUAUAGGGCUUGUUAUUGUAAGGAUGGAUAUAAGCUUGUUGAUGGAACCUGUCAAGAGCUAGAUAGAUGUACCUGCACUGUUCCUAAUCAGAGUUACCAAGUGCUAAACCCCUGCCUGGAUAGUUGUGCACCAACUACAGAAUGUGAGAAUGAUCCGACUUAUUACGGUUGCUUCUGUAACGAUGGUUUCAAGUGGGACCCUGUUACUGAACAGUGUUUCAACCAGACAAGUUGUCCAUGUCCAGCGAAUUCUCAAUACAAAUUCGGAAAGCCAUGCGAAUACGAAUGCGAAGUACCGUCAGACUGUUCUACUCAAGAAUGCUACAAGGAUUGCUUCUGUAAUGAUGGAUAUAGAAUGGUUGACGGAACCUGUCAAGAGCUAGACCGUUGUACCUGCACUGUUCCUAAUCAAAGUUACCAAGUGUUGAAUCCUUGCCUCGAUAGUUGUGCACCAACUACAGAAUGUGAGAAUGAUCCGACUUAUUACGGUUGCUUCUGUAACGAUGGUUUCAAGUGGGACCCUGUUACUGAACAGUGUUUCAACCAGACAAGUUGUCCAUGUCCAGAUAAUUCUCAAUACAAAUUCGGAAAGCCAUGCGAAUACGAAUGCGAAGUACCGUCAGACUGUUCUACUCAAGAAUGCUACAAGGAUUGCUUCUGUAAUGAUGGAUAUAGAAUGGUUGACGGAACCUGUCAAGAGCUAGAUAGAUGUACCUGCACUGUUCCUAAUCAGAGUUACCAAGUGCUAAACCCCUGCCUGGAUAGUUGUGCACCAACUACAGAAUGUGAGAAUGAUCCGACUUAUUACGGUUGCUUCUGUAACGAUGGUUUCAAGUGGGACCCUGUUACUGAACAGUGUUUCAACCAGACAAGUUGUCCAUGUCCAGCGAAUUCUCAAUACAAAUUCGGAAAGCCAUGCGAAUACGAAUGCGAAGUACCGUCAGACUGUUCUACUCAAGAAUGCUACAAGGAUUGCUUCUGUAAUGAUGGAUAUAGAAUGGUUGACGGAACCUGUCAAGAGCUAGACCGUUGUACCUGCACUGUUCCUAAUCAAAGUUACCAAGUGUUGAAUCCUUGCCUCGAUAGUUGUGCACCAACUACAGAAUGUGAGAAUGAUCCGACUUAUUACGGUUGCUUCUGUAACGAUGGUUUCAAGUGGGACCCUGUUACUGAACAGUGUUUCAACCAGACAAGUUGUCCAUGUCCAGAUAAUUCUCAAUACAAAUUCGGAAAGCCAUGCGAAUACGAAUGCGAAGUACCGUCAGACUGUUCUACUCAAGAAUGCUACAAGGAUUGCUUCUGUAAUGAUGGAUAUAGAAUGGUUGACGGAACCUGUCAAGAGCUAGAGAGUUGUACCUGCACUGUUCCUAAUCAGAGUUACCAAGUGUUGAAUCCUUGCCUUGAUAGUUGUGCACCAACUACAGAAUGUGAGAAUGAUCCGACUUAUUACGGUUGCUUCUGUAACGAUGGUUUCAAGUGGGACCCUGUUACUGAACAGUGUUUCAACCAGACAAGUUGUCCAUGUCCAGAUAAUUCUCAAUACAAAUUCGGAAAGCCAUGCGAAUACGAAUGCGAAGUACCGUCAGACUGUUCUACUCAAGAAUGCUACAAGGAUUGCUUCUGUAAUGAUGGAUAUAGAAUGGUUGACGGAACCUGUCAAGAGCUAGACCGUUGUACCUGCACUGUUCCUAAUCAAAGUUACCAAGUGUUGAAUCCUUGCCUCGAUAGUUGUGCACCAACUACAGAAUGUGAGAAUGAUCCGACUUAUUACGGUUGCUUCUGUAACGAUGGUUUCAAGUGGGACCCUGUUACUGAACAGUGUUUCAACCAGACAAGUUGUCCAUGUCCAGAUAAUUCUCAAUACAAAUUCGGAAAGCCAUGCGAAUACGAAUGCGAAGUACCGUCAGACUGUUCUACUCAAGAAUGCUACAAGGAUUGCUUCUGUAAUGAUGGAUAUAGAAUGGUUGACGGAACCUGUCAAGAGCUAGAGAGUUGUACCUGCACUGUUCCUAAUCAGAGUUACCAAGUGUUGAAUCCUUGCCUUGAUAGUUGUGCACCAACUACAGAAUGUGAGAAUGAUCCGACUUAUUACGGUUGCUUCUGUAACGAUGGUUUCAAGUGGGACCCUGUUACUGAACAGUGUUUCAACCAGACAAGUUGUCCAUGUCCAGAUAAUUCUCAAUACAAAUUCGGAAAGCCAUGCGAAUACGAAUGCGAAGUACCGUCAGACUGUUCUACUCAAGAAUGCUACAAGGAUUGCUUCUGUAAUGAUGGAUAUAGAAUGGUUGACGGAACCUGUCAAGAGCUAGAGAGUUGCACCUGCACUGUUCCUAAUCAAAGUUACCAAGUGUUGAAUCCUUGCCUUGAUAGUUGUGCACCAACUACAGAAUGUGAGAAUGAUCCGACUUAUUACGGUUGCUUCUGUAACGAUGGUUUCAAGUGGGACCCUGUUACUGAACAGUGUUUCAACCAGACAAGUUGUCCAUGUCCAGAUAAUUCUCAAUACAAAUUCGGAAAGCCAUGCGAAUACGAAUGCGAAGUACCGUCAGACUGUUCUACUCAAGAAUGCUACAAGGAUUGCUUCUGUAAUGAUGGAUAUAGAAUGGUUGACGGAACCUGUCAAGAGCUAGAGUUUUGUACCUGCACUGUUCCUAAUCAAAGUUACCAAGUGUUGAAUCCUUGCCUCGAUAGUUGUGAACCAACUACAGAAUGUGAGAAUGAUCCGACUUAUUACGGUUGCUUCUGUAACGAUGGUUUCAAGUGGGAUCCUGUUAAUGAAGAAUGUGUCGAACAGUCCAAUUGUCCAUGUCCAGCAAAUUCUCAAUACAAAUUCGGAAAGCCUUGUGAAUACGAAUGCGAGGUACCAUCAAACUGUUCUACUCAAGAAUGCUACAAGGAUUGCUUCUGCAUGGAAGGGUUCAAACUUGUUGAUGGAACCUGUCAAGGGGUAGAGCGUUGUACUUGCGAUGGUGCGAACGAAGUCUACAGGGUAUCUAGUGAUUGUGCAGAGUCUUGUGAUGUAAAUUGUGCAACUUGCGCAGAUGUGGCUACAGAACUUGGAUGUUAUUGUGCACCAGGAUACAGAAGGAAUGCCGCGGGUGACUGCGUUCUCGAAGAAGAUUGUCCAUGUACUGGUGAUAAUGAAAUCUACAAAGAUGGAAAGACCUGCGAGGAGGAGUGUACGGUAGCCCCGGAAUGUGAAUUGGAGAGCUGUUGCAAGGGAUGUUACUGCAGGAAUGGCUAUAAGAGAGUCAAUGGAAUGUGUGUACAAGAGGAUAAUUGUUCCCCUUGUGGUCCUGAUGAAGAAUACAGAUGUGGAAGGGGUUGCGAAGACGAAUGUGGUUUGUUGGAUAUUGACCUAUGUUUGGAACUACCCUGUACAGAUGGAUGCUACUGUAAAUCUGGAUUCUUAAGACUCUUAGGAAUUUGUAUUAGAGUCGAACUUGGAAUUAGUCUGUGUCCCUGUGGACCAUUUGCCUCAUUCCGGGAAGGUAAGGCUUGCGAGGAUGAUUGCUCGGUGAACCCUGACGACUGUGCUGCGGACACAACAUCACCAACUUCAUGGCGUUGUCACUGUGACAAUAAUGCAUGCCUUGUAGGCGGCGUAUGUGCUCCAAGAGUGCCCUUACCUUUACCCAGCAAGAAGAAAACCCAGAAACGGCCUGGAGUGGAAAAUGCCACGGAUAUCUGGUCUAGGGCUGUAAAGUAUACUGGAAUUAAAUGUGGAUACCGAGAGGAGUUUCUAAAUUGUGGAUCUCCUUGUGAGCUCGAUUGCACUACCAUUGGAAAGCCAUGCAACAAAAACGAAUGUCGGCCCGGUUGCUUCUGCCGUCCGGGAUAUAUAAGGGAGAGCCCUGGUGGAAAAUGUAUAUCACAGAAAAAGUGUCCAAAGCCAUCCUGUCCAAAACACGAGGAGUACCUAUUCUGCGGUGAAGCUCCACCGUGUCAAGUAACCUGCGAGAAUUAUGGAAGAUCUUGUGAUGUCAAGCCAUCCUCUUAUUGCCCUCAAGGAUGCUACUGCAAACACGGAUAUGCACGGCAUCCGAUCACCAAUCAGUGUGUUCAUGUGAAAAAUUGCCCAUCUAUUGAAUACUUUCCUCAGAAGGCUGUUACUACAACUACAACUACUACGACUACACCGAAACCUGAAGAAUCAUGUGGCAAAAACGAAGAGUAUAUGGAUUGUGGACCAUCCUGCCAAGUUGAUUGCUCUACCUUAGGACAGGACUGUCCAAAGAGUAGCAAAAAAUGCACAAGUGGAUGCUUUUGCAAACACGGUUACGUCAGAGACGGCCCUGGUGGAGAGUGCAUAGCUCAAAGAAAUUGCCCUGAUCGAUAUUGUCCUAAGAAUGAAGUUUGGCUAGUUUGUGGACAAGCCCCAGCUUGUCAGGAAACUUGCGACGGAGUUGAUUACGAAUGCGAAGCCAGAAAGGACAGUAGAGUUUGUCCAUCAGGAUGUUACUGUCGUAGGGGAUACGUUCGUCAUCCUACAACAGGCCUUUGUAUCAGGAAACGCGAUUGUCCUAGCAAACAACCACAAUGUGGAUACAAUGAACAGUAUCAAGAAUGUGGUUAUCGCUGCGUUGAGCAAUGCAAAGCUGACAGUAAGCAAUGCAAAUAUGAAAAAUGCGAAUCAGGAUGUUUCUGUAAGGAAGGUUACGCCAGAAUUAACGGACAGUGCGUACCAUUUGAGAAUUGUGCUCAGAAGUGUCCACCAAAUGAGCAAUAUUAUCCAUGUGAAAAACGAUGUAAUGAAGAAUGUAGUGUAUCUGAUAAACUUUGCAGAAAGGAACAAUGCUCCGAAGGAUGUUUCUGUAUAAAUGGGUAUAAGAGAGUUGGAGGAGUUUGCGUUCCUAAUUCCAAUUGUCCUUCGCCAAAAUGCUCAAAACCCAACGAAGUAUACACAACUUGUGGAAAGCGUUGCAAUGAAGAUUGCACGAAAUCAAAGGAUGACUGUCUCAAUGAGCAAUGUCAGGAGGGUUGUUUCUGCGACAAAGGUUACAAACGUGUCCGAGAUCGUUGCGUUCCGGAGGAAGAAUGCGAAUGCCCUUUCAAUGAAGUGUACAAAUGCGGAACUGACUGUGAUGAAGAUUGUGGAGCACGUUCAGUUGACUGUUGGAAGAAGAAGUGCAGCAAUCGAUGUCACUGCGUAGGAAAUUACAAAAGGGUUAACGGAGUAUGUCAACCACCUUCUCAAUGUCAGUGUCCCAGCAACGAAGAGUACAAAUAUGGAAGUAAAUGCAGUGAUAUGUGUGGAAAGUCAGACAGCUCCUGUUCAAAUGAUAAGCAUUACUUUGACUGUUUCUGUAAAGACAACUUCAAGAGGGUCAGAGGAUUUUGCGUUUCAGACACCAACUGCCCUUGUCCGAAAAACGAGGAAUAUGUCUACGGAAGUCAUUGUGAAGAGGAAUGCAGUAGUGGUCCAAGUGACUGUAAGGAUUCGGAAUGCUACAAAGACUGUUUCUGCCAGGACGGUUACAGGCGAGUCAAUGGUCUGUGUGUCCCCGACAGUGAAUGUUCCUGUGGGGAAAAUGAAGAAUAUUCUAACGGAAACGAAUGCUUUGAGGACUGCACCAAAACUCUAGAAGAUUGCGUGCUAGAACCUAUUUAUAAAAGGUGCAACUGCAAGCUCGGUUACAAGAGAAUGUUCGGAAAAUGUGUUCCAGACUCUCUCUGUAAAUGCAAUGAAAACGAAUCAUAUAAAUACGGUAGUGAAUGCGAAGAAAAAUGUAGUUUUGGUUCGACAGACUGCUCACAAGAACUAUGCUACAAGGGAUGCUUCUGCAACGAAGGAUAUGUCAGGCUCGAUGGGAAGUGUGUACCUGGCAGCAAUUGCGGAUGCGGAGAAAAUGAAGAAUACGUCAGCUCUAAUGAAUGUUCCGAAGAUUGUUCGAAAACAUUGGACGAUUGUAGAAGUGAACCGACUUCUUACGGAUGCUACUGUGCCAGAAAUUACAAAAGAAUUAAUGGAACAUGUGUCCCAGAUGACAAUUGCCCUUGUCCGCAAAAUGAAGAAUUUGGUUUCACAAAUGACUGCUUAGAAAGUUGUUCAGGAAAUCCGGAAUCUUGUGAUGGAUUGAACUUAGAAAACAGAUGCAAAUGCAAGGAGGGCUAUAGGAGAAUUUUGGGUACAUGCGUAAAGGACUACUUCUGUCCUUGUGAAAAGACUGAAAAGUAUAAAUACGGAGACAGAUGUCGUGAAAAUUGCCAACCAAGUUAUGAUGAUUGUCCAGAAGGUGAAACUUUCAAAGGAUGCUUCUGCAAAGACGGAUACGUAAGAGUUAAUGGUACCUGCCAGCCAUUUGAUAACUGCGUGUGCAAUGAGAAUGAGGAAUACUCUUAUUCAAAUCAGUGCCUUGAAAAAUGCGAAGGUAACCCAGAGACAUGCGUCGAUUUACCAAUUCAGGCAGGUUGCUACUGUUCGCUAGGUUUCGUCAGAGAUCUUAAAGGAAACUGUGUUCCUGAUUCAAAGUGUCAAUGCGGUAAAAACGAAGUUUACAAAUACAGUAGUCCUUGCAAUGAAAAAUGCAAUACCGGUGAUCAGGAUUGCUCUCAGUUGUCAUACUACAGAGGAUGCUUCUGUGCAGAUGGAUACGUCAGAAUCAAAGGAAAAUGCGUUCCAAAUGAUAAUUGCAAGUGUGGUACCAAUGAAAAAUAUUCACUCUCCAACGUAUGCCUCGAAACAUGUGAUGGCAACCCAGAAAUUUGCAAGGAUAUUCCUGUAGAAGCUGGAUGUUAUUGUGCUUCGGGAUACAGGAGACACACUAAUGGAAAAUGUAUUCCAGACACGAAAUGUCCGUGUACCGAUCCCAAUGCCGAGUACAAGCAAGGACGUACUUGUGAAUACGAAUGCGUUCCAGACAGUGAAUGUGUCAAUCAAUUAUGCUUCAAAGCCUGCUACUGCAAAGAUGGAUAUAAGCUUAUUAAUGGAAGUUGUCUACAAGAAUCAGAAUGCACUUGUGAAGGCACUAAUGAAGAAUACAAAGUUUCAAAUGACUGCAUGGAGACAUGUGAUGGAAAUCCAUUAAGUUGUGAUGGAAUUUCUACAGAACCAGGCUGUUAUUGUGCAUCCGGAUACAGAAGAGAUACAUCAGGCAAUUGUGUUCCUGAAUAUGAAUGUCCUUGCGCUGACUCCAACGCUGAAUAUAAACAGGGAAGACCUUGCGAAGAUGAAUGUGAACCAUCAGAGGAUUGUCCAACUCAAGAAUGUUACAAGGCUUGUUACUGCAAAGAUGGCUAUAGACUCAUUGGUGGCAAGUGUAAAAGUAUAACUAAAUGCUCAUGCUCUAUUCCUAAUCAACGAUACCAAGUUCUGAACCCAUGUCUCGACAGUUGCGCACCAACUACAGCAUGUGAGAAUGAACCAACAUAUUACGGUUGCUUCUGCGACGAUGGUUUUAAGUGGGACCCUGUUAAUGAAGAAUGUGUCGACCAGUCUACUUGCCCAUGUCCAGCAAAUGCUGAAUACAAAUUCGGAAAACCAUGCGAUUACACAUGUGAGACAACAUCCGACUGUUCCACUCAAGAAUGCUACAAGGACUGCUUCUGUAAGGAUGGAUAUAAGAUGGUUGAUGGAACAUGCCAAGAACUAUCUAGUUGUACAUGUCCACUUCCUAAUCAACGAUACCAAGUACUGAACCCUUGCCUUGACAGUUGUGCACCAACUACGGCAUGUGUGAAUGAACCAACAUAUUACGGUUGUUUCUGUGACGAUGGUUAUAAAUGGGACCCAUUUAAAAAGAAAUGUUUCAGCCAAAGUUACUGUCCAUGUCCGGAAAAUGCAGAAUACAAAUUCGGAAAACCUUGUGAUUAUUCCUGUGAGGCAACAUCAGAAUGCUCCACUGAAGAAUGCUACAAAGAUUGCUUCUGUAAGGAUGGAUAUAGGAUGGUUGACGGAACCUGUCAAGAGCUAACUAGUUGUACAUGCACUAUUCCAAAUCAAAGUUACCAAGUGCUAAAUCCAUGUCUUGAUAGCUGUCAACCAACUGCAGCAUGUGAGAAUGAACCGACAUAUUUUGGUUGCUUCUGUAACGAUGGUUUCAAGUGGGAUCCUGUUAAUGAAGAAUGUGUUGACCAAUCAACUUGUCCAUGUCCGAAAAAUGCCGAAUAUAAACUCGGAAAGCCUUGUGAAGAUGAAUGUGAACCAUCAGAAGAGUGUCCUACUCAAGAGAGUUCAAAGGCCUGCUAUUGCAAGGACGGAUUUAGACUCAUUAAUGGAAAGUGUAAAAACAUUACGAAGUGUACAUGCUCCCUCCCUAACCAAAGUUACCAAGUGUUGAACCCCUGCAUUGACAGUUGCGCACCAACUACAGCAUGUGAGAAUGAACCGACAUAUUUUGGUUGCUUCUGUAACGAUGGUUUCAAGUGGGACCCAGAAAAUGAAGAAUGUGUUGACCAGUCAACUUGUCCAUGCCCGGAUAAUGCUGAAUAUAAAUUCGGAAAGCCUUGCGAUUAUGAAUGUGAAACACCUUCAGACUGUUCUACUCAAGAAUGCUACAAGGAUUGCUUUUGUAAAGAUGGAUAUAGAAUGGUUGAUGGAACUUGCCAAGAGGUCAAUAACUGCACGUGUCCUCUUCCUAAUCAACGAUACCAAGUACUGAACCCUUGCCUUGAUAGUUGUGCACCAACUACAGAAUGUGAGAACGAACCAACAUAUUACGGUUGCUUCUGUGACGAUGGUUAUAAAUGGGACCCUGUUAAAAAAAAAUGUUUCAGUCAAACAUAUUGUCCAUGCCCAGAUAAUGCCGAAUACAAGUUCGGAAAACCUUGCGAUUAUGAAUGUCAGAUAACGUCAGAUUGUCCUACCGAAGAAUGCUACAAAGCUUGCUUCUGUAAGGAUGGAUAUAGAAUGGUAGAUGGAACCUGCCAAGAACUAGAUAGUUGUACGUGUACUAUUCCUAAUCAAAUUUACCAAGUGGCAAACCCAUGCCUUGACAGUUGUGCACCAACUACAGAAUGUGAAGAUGAUCCAACAUAUUACGGCUGCUUCUGUAAUUGGGGUUAUAAAUGGGAUCCAGUCAAAGAAGAAUGCUUCAAUCAGAGUUUAUGUCCUUGUUCGCGUAAUACCGAAUACAAAUUAGGAAGGUCUUGUGAAUUUGAAUGUGAGACCACAUCAGAAUGUUCCAAUGAAGCUUGCUCCAAGGAUUGCUACUGCAAAGAUGGUUACAAGUUGGUUGACGGAACCUGUCAAGAACUUACUAGUUGUCCGUGCACUAUUCCAAAUCAAAGUUACCAAGCGCUAAAUCCUUGCCUUGAUAGUUGUGCACCAACUACAGAAUGUGAAAACGAACCGACUUAUUACGGUUGCUUCUGUAACGAUGGUUUCAAGUGGGACCCUGUUAAUAAAGAAUGUGUCGACCAAUCAACUUGCCCAUGCCCGGAUAAUUCUCAAUACAAAUUCGGAAAGCCAUGCGAAUACGAAUGCGAAGUACCGUCAGAUUGUUCUACCCAAGAAUGCUACAAGGAUUGCUUCUGUAAUGAUGGGUAUAGGAUGGUAGAUGGAACCUGCCAAGAACUAGAUAGUUGUACGUGUACUAUUCCUAAUCAAAUUUACCAAGUGGCAAACCCAUGCCUUGACAGUUGUGCACCAACUACAGAAUGUGAAGAUGAUCCAACAUAUUACGGCUGCUUCUGUAAUUGGGGUUAUAAAUGGGAUCCAGUCAAAGAAGAAUGCUUCAAUCAGAGUUUAUGUCCUUGUUCGCGUAAUACCGAAUACAAAUUAGGAAGGUCUUGUGAAUUUGAAUGUGAGACCACAUCAGAAUGUUCCAAUGAAGCUUGCUCCAAGGAUUGCUACUGCAAAGAUGGUUACAAGUUGGUUGACGGAACCUGUCAAGAACUUACUAGUUGUCCGUGCACUAUUCCAAAUCAAAGUUACCAAGCGCUAAAUCCUUGCCUUGAUAGUUGUGCACCAACUACAGAAUGUGAAAACGAACCGACUUAUUACGGUUGCUUCUGUAACGAUGGUUUCAAGUGGGACCCUGUUAAUAAAGAAUGUGUCGACCAAUCAACUUGCCCAUGCCCGGAUAAUUCUCAAUACAAAUUCGGAAAGCCAUGCGAAUACGAAUGCGAAGUACCGUCAGAUUGUUCUACCCAAGAAUGCUACAAGGAUUGCUUCUGUAAUGAUGGGUAUAGGAUGGUAGAUGGAACCUGCCAAGAACUAGAUAGUUGUACGUGUACUAUUCCUAAUCAGAUUUACCAAGUGGCAAACCCAUGCCUUGAUAGUUGUGCACCAACCACAGAAUGUGAAGAUGAUCCAACAUAUUACGGCUGCUUCUGUAAUUGGGGUUAUAAAUGGGAUCCAGUCAAAGAAGAAUGCUUCAAUCAGAGUUUAUGUCCUUGUUCGCGUAAUACCGAAUACAAAUUAGGAAGGUCUUGUGAAUUUGAAUGUGAGACCACAUCAGAAUGUUCCAAUGAAGCUUGCUCCAAGGAUUGCUACUGCAAAGAUGGUUACAAGUUGGUUGACGGAACCUGUCAAGAACUUACUAGUUGUCCGUGCACUAUUCCAAAUCAAAGUUACCAAGCGCUAAAUCCUUGUCUUGAUAGUUGUGCACCAACUACAGAAUGUGAAAACGAACCGACUUAUUACGGUUGCUUCUGUAACGAUGGUUUCAAGUGGGACCCUGUCAAUGAAGAAUGUGUUGACCAAUCAACUUGUCCAUGCCCGGAUAAUUCUCAAUACAAAUUCGGAAAGCCUUGUGAAUAUGAAUGUGAAGUACCGUCAGACUGUUCUACUCAAGAAUGCUACAAGGAUUGCUUCUGUAAUGAUGGAUAUAGAAGAGUUGAUGGAACUUGCCAAGAGGUCAAUAACUGCACGUGUCCUCUUCCUAAACAACGAUAUCAAGUACUGAACCCUUGCCUUGAUAGUUGUGCACCAACUACAGCAUGUGAGAAUGAACCAACAUAUUACGGUUGUUUCUGUGACGAUGGUUAUAAAUGGGACCCUGUUAAAAAAAAAUGUUUCAGUCAAACUUAUUGUCCAUGUCCGGAAAAUGCAGAAUACAAAUUCGGAAAACCUUGUGAUUAUUCCUGUGAGGCAACAUCAGAAUGCUCCACUGAAGAAUGCUACAAAGAUUGCUUCUGUAAGGAUGGAUAUAGGAUGGUUGAUGGAACCUGUCAAGAGCUAACUAGUUGUACAUGCACUAUUCCAAAUCAAAGUUACCAAGUGCUAAAUCCAUGUCUUGAUAGCUGUCAACCAACUACAGCAUGUGAGAAUGAACCGACAUAUUUUGGUUGCUUCUGUAACGAUGGUUUCAAGUGGGAUCCUGUUAAUGAAGAAUGUGUUGACCAAUCAACUUGUCCAUGUCCGAAAAAUGCCGAAUAUAAACUCGGAAAGCCUUGUGAAGAUGAAUGUGAACCAUCAGAAGAGUGUCCUACUCAAGAGAGUUCAAAGGCCUGCUAUUGCAAGGACGGAUUUAGACUCAUUAAUGGAAAGUGUAAAAACAUUACGAAGUGUACAUGCUCCCUCCCUAAUCAACGAUACCAAGUGUUGAACCCCUGCCUUGACAGUUGCGCACCAACUACAGCAUGUGAUAACGAACCAACUUAUCACGGUUGCUUCUGUGACGAUGGUUUUAAGUGGGACCCAGAAAAUGAAGAAUGUGUUGACCAGUCUACUUGUCCAUGCCCGAAUAAUGCUGAAUAUAAAUUCGGAAAGCCUUGCGAUUAUGAAUGCGAAACACCUUCAGACUGUUCUACUAAAGAAUGCUACAAGGAUUGCUUUUGUAAAGAUGGAUAUAGGAUGGUUGAUGGAACUUGCCAAGAGGUCAAUAACUGCACGUGUCCUCUUCCUAAUCAACGAUACCAAGUACUGAACCCUUGCCUUGAUAGUUGUGCACCAACUACAGAAUGUGAGAACGAACCAACAUAUUACGGUUGCUUCUGUGACGAUGGUUAUAAAUGGGACCCUGUUAAAAAAAAAUGUUUCAGUCAAACAUAUUGUCCAUGCCCAGAUAAUGCCGAAUACAAGUUCGGAAAGCCUUGCGAUUAUGAAUGUCAGAUACCGUCAGAUUGUCCUACCGAAGAAUGCUACAAAGCUUGCUUCUGUAAGGAUGGAUAUAGAAUGGUAGAUGGAACCUGCCAAGAACUAGAUAGUUGUACGUGCACUAUUCCUAAUCAAAUUUACCAAGUGGCAAACCCAUGCCUUGACAGUUGUGCACCAACCACAGAAUGUGAAGAUGAUCCAACAUAUUACGGUUGCUUCUGUAAUUGGGGUUAUAAAUGGGAUCCAGUCAAAGAAGAAUGCUUCAAUCAGAGUUUAUGUCCUUGUUCGCGUAAUACCGAAUACAAAUUAGGAAGGUCUUGUGAAUUUGAAUGUGAGACCACAUCAGAAUGUUCCAAUGAAGCUUGCUCUAAGGAUUGCUACUGUAAGGAUGGUUACAAGUUGGUUGACGGAACCUGUCAAGAACUUACUAGUUGUCCGUGCACUAUUCCAAAUCAAAGUUACCAAGCGCUAAAUCCAUGUCUAGAUAGUUGUGCACCAACUACAGAAUGUGAGAAUGAUCCGACUUAUUACGGUUGCUUCUGUAACGAUGGUUUCAAGUGGGACCCUGUUAAUGAAGAAUGUGUCGACCAAUCAACUUGCCCAUGCCCGGAUAAUUCUCAAUACAAAUUCGGAAAGCCUUGUGAAUAUGAAUGCGAAGUACCGUCAGAUUGUUCUACCCAAGAAUGCUACAAGGAUUGCUUUUGUAAUGAUGGAUAUAGAAUGGUUGACGGAACCUGUCAAGGGCUAGAGAGUUGUACCUGCACUGUUCCUAAUCAGAGUUACCAAGUGUUGAAUCCUUGCCUUGAUAGUUGUGCACCAACUACAGAAUGUGAGAAUGAUCCGACUUAUUACGGUUGCUUCUGUAACGAUGGUUUCAAGUGGGACCCUGUUACUGAACAGUGUUUCAACCAGACAAGUUGUCCAUGUCCAGAUAAUUCUCAAUACAAAUUCGGAAAGCCAUGCGAAUACGAAUGCGAAGUACCGUCAGACUGUUCUACUCAAGAAUGCUACAAGGAUUGCUUCUGUAAUGAUGGAUAUAGAAUGGUUGAUGGAACCUGUCAAGGGCUAGAGAGUUGUACCUGCACUGUUCCUAAUCAGAGUUACCAAGUGUUGAAUCCUUGCCUUGAUAGUUGUGCACCAACUACAGAAUGUGAGAAUGAUCCGACUUAUUACGGUUGCUUCUGUAACGAUGGUUUCAAGUGGGACCCUGUUACUGAACAGUGUUUCAACCAGACAAGUUGUCCAUGUCCAGAUAAUUCUCAAUACAAAUUCGGAAAGCCAUGCGAAUACGAAUGCGAAGUACCGUCAGACUGUUCUACUCAAGAAUGCUACAAGGAUUGCUUCUGUAAUGAUGGAUAUAGAAUGGUUGACGGAACCUGUCAAGGGCUAGAGAGUUGUACCUGCACUGUUCCUAAUCAGAGUUACCAAGUGUUGAAUCCUUGCCUUGAUAGUUGUGCACCAACUACAGAAUGUGAGAAUGAUCCGACUUAUUACGGUUGCUUCUGUAACGAUGGUUUCAAGUGGGAUCCUGUUACUGAACAAUGUUUCAACCAAACAAAUUGUCCAUGUCCAGAUAAUUCUCAAUACAAAUUCGGAAAGCCAUGCGAAUACGAAUGCGAAGUACCGUCAGACUGUUCUACUCAAGAAUGCUACAAGGAUUGCUUCUGUAAUGAUGGAUAUAGAAUGGUUGACGGAACCUGUCAAGGGCUAGAGAGUUGUACGUGCACUGUUCCUAAUCAAAGUUACCAACCACUGAACCCCUGCCUUGAUAGUUGUGCACCAACUAUAGAAUGUGAGAAUGAUACAACAUAUUACGGUUGCUUCUGUAACGAUGGUUUCAAGUGGGACCCUGUUACUGAACAGUGUUUCAACCAGACAAAUUGUCCAUGUCCAGAUAAUUCUCAAUACAAAUUCGGAAAGCCAUGCGAAUACGAAUGCGAAGUACCGUCAGACUGUUCUACUCAAGAAUGCUACAAGGAUUGCUUCUGUAAUGAUGGAUAUAGAAUGGUUGACGGAACCUGUCAAGGGCUAGAGAGUUGUACCUGCACUGUUCCUAAUCAGAGUUACCAAGUGUUGAAUCCUUGCCUUGAUAGUUGUGCACCAACUACAGAAUGUGAGAAUGAUCCGACUUAUUACGGUUGCUUCUGUAACGAUGGUUUCAAGUGGGAUCCUGUUACUGAACAGUGUUUCAACCAAACAAAUUGUCCAUGUCCAGAUAAUUCUCAAUACAAAUUCGGAAAGCCAUGCGAAUACGAAUGCGAAGUACCGUCAGACUGUUCUACUCAAGAAUGCUACAAGGAUUGCUUCUGUAAUGAUGGAUAUAGAAUGGUUGAUGGAACCUGUCAAGGGCUAGAGAGUUGUACCUGCACUGUUCCUAAUCAGAGUUACCAAGUGUUGAAUCCUUGCCUUGAUAGUUGUGCACCAACUACAGAAUGUGAGAAUGAUCCGACUUAUUACGGAUGCUUCUGUAACGAUGGUUUCAAGUGGGACCCUGUUACUGAACAGUGUUUCAACCAGACAAAUUGUCCAUGUCCAGAUAAUUCUCAAUACAAAUUCGGAAAGCCAUGCGAAUACGAAUGCGAAGUACCGUCAGACUGUUCUACUCAAGAAUGCUACAAGGAUUGCUUCUGUAAUGAUGGAUAUAGAAUGGUUGACGGAACCUGUCAAGAGCUAGAGAGUUGUACCUGCACUGUUCCUAAUCAGAGUUACCAAGUGUUGAAUCCUUGCCUUGAUAGUUGUGCACCAACUACAGAAUGUGAGAAUGAUCCGACUUAUUACGGUUGCUUCUGUAACGAUGGUUUCAAGUGGGACCCUGUUACUGAACAGUGUUUCAACCAGACAAAUUGUCCAUGUCCAGAUAAUUCUCAAUACAAAUUCGGAAAGCCAUGCGAAUACGAAUGCGAAGUACCGUCAGACUGUUCUACUCAAGAAUGCUACAAGGAUUGCUUCUGUAAUGAUGGAUAUAGAAUGGUUGACGGAACCUGUCAAGGGCUAGAGAGUUGUACCUGCACUGUUCCUAAUCAGAGUUACCAAGUGUUGAAUCCUUGCCUUGAUAGUUGUGCACCAACUACAGAAUGUGAGAAUGAUCCGACUUAUUACGGUUGCUUCUGUAACGAUGGUUUCAAGUGGGAUCCUGUUACUGAACAAUGUUUCAACCAAACAAAUUGUCCAUGUCCAGAUAAUUCUCAAUACAAAUUCGGAAAGCCAUGCGAAUACGAAUGCGAAGUACCGUCAGACUGUUCUACUCAAGAAUGCUACAAGGAUUGCUUCUGUAAUGAUGGAUAUAGAAUGGUUGACGGAACCUGUCAAGGGCUAGAGAGUUGUACGUGCACUGUUCCUAAUCAAAGUUACCAACCACUGAACCCCUGCCUUGAUAGUUGUGCACCAACUAUAGAAUGUGAGAAUGAUACAACAUAUUACGGUUGCUUCUGUAACGAUGGUUUCAAGUGGGACCCUGUUACUGAACAGUGUUUCAACCAGACAAAUUGUCCAUGUCCAGAUAAUUCUCAAUACAAAUUCGGAAAGCCAUGCGAAUACGAAUGCGAAGUACCGUCAGACUGUUCUACUCAAGAAUGCUACAAGGAUUGCUUCUGUAAUGAUGGAUAUAGAAUGGUUGACGGAACCUGUCAAGGGCUAGAGAGUUGUACCUGCACUGUUCCUAAUCAGAGUUACCAAGUGUUGAAUCCUUGCCUUGAUAGUUGUGCACCAACUACAGAAUGUGAGAAUGAUCCGACUUAUUACGGUUGCUUCUGUAACGAUGGUUUCAAGUGGGAUCCUGUUACUGAACAGUGUUUCAACCAAACAAAUUGUCCAUGUCCAGAUAAUUCUCAAUACAAAUUCGGAAAGCCAUGCGAAUACGAAUGCGAAGUACCGUCAGACUGUUCUACUCAAGAAUGCUACAAGGAUUGCUUCUGUAAUGAUGGAUAUAGAAUGGUUGAUGGAACCUGUCAAGGGCUAGAGAGUUGUACCUGCACUGUUCCUAAUCAGAGUUACCAAGUGUUGAAUCCUUGCCUUGAUAGUUGUGCACCAACUACAGAAUGUGAGAAUGAUCCGACUUAUUACGGAUGCUUCUGUAACGAUGGUUUCAAGUGGGAUCCUGUUACUGAACAGUGUUUCAACCAAACAAAUUGUCCAUGUCCAGAUAAUUCUCAAUACAAAUUCGGAAAGCCAUGCGAAUACGAAUGCGAAGUACCGUCAGACUGUUCUACUCAAGAAUGCUACAAGGAUUGCUUCUGUAAUGAUGGAUAUAGAAUGGUUGACGGAACCUGUCAAGGGCUAGAGAGUUGUACCUGCACUGUUCCUAAUCAGAGUUACCAAGUGUUGAAUCCUUGCCUUGAUAGUUGUGCACCAACUACAGAAUGUGAGAAUGAUCCGACUUAUUACGGUUGCUUCUGUAACGAUGGUUUCAAGUGGGAUCCUGUUACUGAACAGUGUUUCAACCAAACAAAUUGUCCAUGUCCAGAUAAUUCUCAAUACAAAUUCGGAAAGCCAUGCGAAUACGAAUGCGAAGUACCGUCAGACUGUUCUACUCAAGAAUGCUACAAGGAUUGCUUCUGUAAUGAUGGAUAUAGAAUGGUUGACGGAACCUGUCAAGGGCUAGAGAGUUGUACCUGCACUGUUCCUAAUCAGAGUUACCAAGUGUUGAAUCCUUGCCUUGAUAGUUGUGCACCAACUACAGAAUGUGAGAAUGAUCCGACUUAUUACGGUUGCUUCUGUAACGAUGGUUUCAAGUGGGAUCCUGUUACUGAACAGUGUUUCAACCAAACAAAUUGUCCAUGUCCAGAUAAUUCUCAAUACAAAUUCGGAAAGCCAUGCGAAUACGAAUGCGAAGUACCGUCAGACUGUUCUACUCAAGAAUGCUACAAGGAUUGCUUCUGUAAUGAUGGAUAUAGAAUGGUUGACGGAACCUGUCAAGAGCUAGAUAGUUGUACCUGCACUGUUCCUAAUCAGAGUUACCAAGUGUUGAAUCCUUGCCUUGAUAGUUGUGCACCAACUACAGAAUGUGAGAAUGAUCCGACUUAUUACGGAUGCUUCUGUAACGAUGGUUUCAAGUGGGAUCCUGUUACUGAACAGUGUUUCAACCAAACAAAUUGUCCAUGUCCAGAUAAUUCUCAAUACAAAUUCGGAAAGCCAUGCGAAUACGAAUGCGAAGUACCGUCAGACUGUUCUACUCAAGAAUGCUACAAGGAUUGCUUCUGUAAUGAUGGAUAUAGAAUGGUUGACGGAACCUGUCAAGAGCUAGAGAGUUGUACCUGCACUGUUCCUAAUCAGAGUUACCAAGUGUUGAAUCCUUGCCUUGAUAGUUGUGCACCAACUACAGAAUGUGAGAAUGAUCCGACUUAUUACGGUUGCUUCUGUAACGAUGGUUUCAAGUGGGACCCUGUUACUGAACAGUGUUUCAACCAGACAAAUUGUCCAUGUCCAGAUAAUUCUCAAUACAAAUUCGGAAAGCCAUGCGAAUACGAAUGCGAAGUACCGUCAGACUGUUCUACUCAAGAAUGCUACAAGGAUUGCUUCUGUAAUGAUGGAUAUAGAAUGGUUGACGGAACCUGUCAAGAGCUAGAGAGUUGUACCUGCACUGUUCCUAAUCAGAGUUACCAAGUGUUGAAUCCUUGCCUUGAUAGUUGUGCACCAACUACAGAAUGUGAGAAUGAUCCGACUUAUUACGGUUGCUUCUGUAACGAUGGUUUCAAGUGGGACCCUGUUACUGAACAGUGUUUCAACCAGACAAAUUGUCCAUGUCCAGAUAAUUCUCAAUACAAAUUCGGAAAGCCAUGCGAAUACGAAUGCGAAGUACCGUCAGACUGUUCUACUCAAGAAUGCUACAAGGAUUGCUUCUGUAAUGAUGGAUAUAGAAUGGUUGACGGAACCUGUCAAGGGCUAGAGAGUUGUGCCUGCACUAUUCCUAAUCAGAGUUACCAAGUGUUGAAUCCUUGCCUUGAUAGUUGUGCACCAACUACAGAAUGUGAGAAUGAUCCGACUUAUUACGGUUGCUUCUGUAACGAUGGUUUUAAGUGGGAUUCUGAAAAUGAAGAAUGCAUUGAGCAGUCUGCUUGUCCAUGUCCGGCGAAUUCUGUGUACGAAUCUGGAAAACCUUGCGAAGAUGAGUGUGAAAUACCGUCAGACUGUUCCGCUCAAGAAUGCUACAAGGACUGCUUCUGUCUGGAAGGAUUUAAAAAGGUUGGGGAUUCGUGUGUAGCAGAAGACAGAUGUCCUUGUUCUAAUCAAAAUGAAGCAUAUACCUAUUCGAAUGAAUGCCUAGAAGAUUGCGAUGGAACUCCUGAGUCAUGUAGGGGUUUGCCUAUACGUGGAGGAUGUUUCUGUAUGCCUAAUCAUAGACGAAAUGACGAUGGUGAUUGUAUUCCCGACUAUACCUGUCCAUGUCCAGAUGACGAAAAUUCUGAAUACAAAUCAGGCAAACCUUGCGACGACGAAUGUGUUCCGACUGAAGAAUGCGCAAGAGAGGAUUGCUACAAGGGAUGCUUCUGCAAAAAUGGAUUUAAGAAUGUUGGAGGAUCUUGCAGACCUGAAGAUCAGUGCAGUUGCACUGAUUCUAAUGAGGAAUACACUUAUGCUAAUAAUUGUGAGAGGUCUUGUGAAAUAGAUUGCGAGAAUGAACCUAAUGAACUUGGAUGCUAUUGCGAAGAAGGUUACAUGAGAUCGUCGGAUGGGACUUGUAUUCGUGAGGAUUUAUGCCCGUGUACCGGUCAAAAUGAAGUCUUCAAAUCAAGACAAACGUGUGAGGAUGAGUGCAAUUCGUCUGGUCAAUGUAACCCAGACGAUUGCUACAAGGGAUGUUACUGCAGGCAAGGCUUCGAGAGAGUUAAUGGAGAAUGUGUCCAGAUACCGAAUUGUCCAGCAAAUGAGGAACGUAGAUGUGGAAGGAGAUGCCAAGAGGAGUGCAAUAUUCAAGAUGUCGAGGCCUGUAACAGCAGUCCGUGUGAAGAUGGAUGCUACUGUCAGGAAGGCUAUCUAAGAAUAGGAGGAACUUGCGUUGAUAUGGAAGAAGCAGCACGGAGAUGUAGAUGUCCCAAUGGGCAGAGGUUCGAGUGUAAGAGUGAUUGUUUAGAAUCUUGCGAUGAAUUCCCAGGAAAUUGUGAUGAGACUGAUUGUCGAUAUGGCUGUCACUGCCCUAGUGACAAUCAAAAACGCAUAGAUGGACGCUGUCGCAAUUUCAAUCAAUGUCAAUGCGACGACAAUGAACAACCACGAAAUGGAAGACUUUGCGAAGAAGACUGUAAUAUGACUGCUACCGAGUGUAGACAGACCAAUGCUCGAAGGGGUGGAAAAUGCUUCUGUAGAUCAGGAUUCUGCAGAGUAGAUGGAGAGUGUAUUGAACGGUCAUCGGCAAGAUCCAACUUGCGAGUGUUCCGAAGUGUUCGCGGUAUGAGGAGUAUUCAUCAUGUGGACCACUUUGUGAAGAUGAUUGCUCCCAUAAAUGCCAAGGACAAGCCACAAGUUGCAAAAAGGGUUGCUUCUGCAAAAAUGGAUAUGUUCGACAUUCAUCAGGAAGAUGUAUACCAAUUGCAUCUUGUUCAAAAUACACUUGUCCCCGCAAUGAAGAAUGGAAAGAGUGUGGUGAAGCCCCUUACUGCGAAGCCAUUUGUGGAUACCAGGGAAGAAAUUGCGAUGAUAGCAUUCAAUGUCCAGGUUGCUUCUGUCGAAAAGGCUACUACCGUCAUCCGGAAACGUAUGCUUGCGUCACCUACAACCAAUGCCCAUCGGAAGAACCUCAGUGUCCCGCGGGAGAAGUGUACAAGUCUUGUGGAUAUUCCAAAGAUGAACAAUGCCAGUUCUACGGUGGGGAUUAUUACUCCGAAAAAUGCAAACCCGGAUGCUACUGCAUCAACGGUUAUCGACUGUCAUAAACCUUGUGAAUCGGGAUGUUUUUGCAUUGCUGGGUACAAGAGGGUCGAUGGUGUUUGUGUGCAAAAAUCCUACUGUCCUCCGCCAAAGUGUCAAGGGCCGAAUGAGAUAUACAUACCUUGUGGAAAAUCUUGCUACGAAGAUUGUUCGAAAACCCCAAAAGAUUGUUCAUACGAAACCUGCACCAGUGGUUGCUACUGUAAAACUAAUUACAAAAGGAUUAAUGGUGAAUGCGUUCUAAAAGAAUACUGUCCACCACCAGAAUGUCCGGUACAUGAAGUGUACAGUUCUUGUGGAAACCCGUGCCACGAUGAAUGUGGAAAAGCCAAGUCCGAUUGUCAGAGUGGAAUGUGCUACGCAGGAUGUUACUGUGAGAAAGGAUUCAAGAGGAUAGAUGGUAUUUGUAUCCCAGAGUCGAAAUGCGAAUCCUCAAGUACAAAAUGUGAAGGUCAAAAUGAGAUCUACAAAAAGUGUGGAAAGAGUUGCUACGAGGACUGUUCGAAAUCGCAGAAGGAUUGCCUCUAUGAAACCUGCUACUCGGGAUGUUUCUGCAAACCUAGAUACAAGAGAGUCGAUGGAGCAUGUGUUCCGGAAAAAGAGUGCCCACCUUCGGAAUGUCCACCGUAUGAAGUUUAUAUAACUUGUGGAAACUCUUGCUACGACGAAUGUGGAAAGAUCAAGUCGGAUUGUCAGAGUGGAAAGUGCUACGAAGGGUGUUACUGUCAGGAUGGGUAUAAAAGAAUAGAUGGUGUAUGUGUUCCAGAAUUCAAAUGCGAACCAGUAAUUCCAAAAUGCCAGGGACAAAAUGAAAUCUACAAAAAGUGUGGAAAGACCUGCUACGAAGACUGCUCAAAAACGCAGAAGGAUUGCUAUUACGAAGCCUGUACCUCAGGGUGUUUCUGCAAACCCAAUUUCAAGAGAGUUGAUGGAAGUUGCGUUCCGGAAGAUGAGUGCCCUCCUCCCGAAUGUCCAGCAAAUGAAGUUUAUAUAACUUGUGGAAACUCUUGUUACGAUGAAUGUGGAAAAAGCAAGUCAGAUUGUCAGAGUGGAAAGUGCUACCAAGGAUGUUACUGCCAGGAUGGAUACAAGAGGAUAGACGGUGUAUGUGUUCCAAAGUUCAAGUGCGAACCAUUAAUUCCAAAAUGCCAGGGACAAAAUGAAAUCUACAAAAAGUGUGGAAAGACUUGUUACGAAGAUUGCUCGAAAACGCAGAAAGAUUGCUUUUACGAAACCUGUUUCUCAGGAUGUUUCUGCAAGCCCAAUUUCAAAAGAGUCGAUGGAGAAUGUGUUCCACAGGAGGAGUGUCCUGCACCGGAAUGUCCGGUAUAUGAAGUCUACAGCACUUGUGGAAACUCUUGUUACGAUGAGUGUGGAAAAACCAAGUCGGAUUGUCAGAGUGACAAGUGCUUUGCUGGAUGUUACUGUCAGAGAGGAUUCAAAAGGAUUGAUGGUGUAUGUGUACCGGAAUAUAAAUGUGGACCUCCGAAAUGUCUGCUACCUAAUGAGGUCUACAAAAAGUGUGGAAGGAUCUGCGAUGAUCAAUGUGACUCUGUACACUACAAGUGUUUGAGGGAAAAUUGCUUUUCUGGAUGUUUCUGUGCGGAAGGAUAUAAAAGGAUUGAAGGAGCAUGCUUACCGGAGUCUACAUGUCCGCCUGCGCCGUGUGGACCAAAUGAAAUAUACUCGAAAUGUGGAAGGAAAUGUGACGAAGAAUGCAAUAUAUUCAAUGGUCCCUGCAAAACUGAACUCUGCUACCCAGGAUGUUUCUGUCAGGAAGGAUUUACUAGGAUUAAUGGAUCUUGCGUACCAGAAUCCCUGUGUAAAUGUCCUUACAACGAAAGAUAUGCUUACAGUAGUGAAUGUAGUGAACAUUGCUUAGCAAAGCCAAUGGAUUGUGAAGGAGCAUUGGAAACCUUUCGGUGCUCCUGCAAGGAUGGAUUUAAACGAAUCAAUGGUCUGUGUUUGGAUGAAAAUCUAUGUCAGUGUUCGGAAAAUGAGAAAUAUGCUUACGGAAAUCCUUGUCAAGAGAAAUGUGGCGUUGGACCACAAAAGUGCAAAGAUGAAGAUAGCUACAAGGGUUGCUUCUGCAGAGAAGGAUAUCGCAGAGUAAGUGGAAAGUGUAUUACGGAAUCUCAAUGUCCUUGUGGGAAAUACGAAGAGUACAAUUAUGGAAAUGACUGUUACGAAGAAUGCUCAAAGGAUCCAAAACUGUGCCGAAGUGUGGAAACCUACAAGAAAUGCACCUGUAUUGAAGGAUACAAAAGGAUUUACGGAUACUGUAUGCCAGAUACCAAAUGUAAAUGCCUCGUUAAUGAAAUAGUAACUUACUCAAAUGAUUGCUAUGAGCAAUGUGGAACGGAUCCAGCAAAAUGUGCUGAACAGGAUACAAUAAGAGGAUGCGCUUGCAGACCUGGUUACGUCCGAAUAAAUGGUCAGUGUGUUCCGGACAGUAAAUGUCCUUGUUCAUUUAAUGAAGAGUACAUUGUGGGGAAUUCAUGCGAAGAGGAAUGCAAUGCUACUCCAGAUAGUUGCAAGGAAGUGUCGUCUUACAAGAGAUGCUCCUGCAGAAGUGGAUUUAAAAGAAUUGAUGGCCUAUGUACUGAACAAUUCCGAUGUCCUUGUGGGAAGAAUGAAAUUUACAAAUUUGGUAACCCUUGUAGUGAAGAUUGUUCAAAGACCGCAUACUACUGCGGUGAAGAGGAAUACUAUCAAGGAUGCUUCUGCAAGGAAAGGUACAAGAGGAUCAAUGGAAAGUGUGUGGAAUAUUCAGCUUGCAAAUGUGGGAGUAAUGAGGUGUAUACCUACGGGAAUUAUUGUGACGAAUCAUGUGACUACACUCUAACCUGUGAUAGUUCGUCAACAGAACUCAGAUGCGUUUGCCUUCCGUUCCACAAGAGGAUCAACGGAGUCUGUGUCCAUCAAUCGAACUGCAAAUGCGGAGAAAACGAAGAGUACAGAAUCACAGAGGAUGGGGUAAGCACGUGUGUUUGUAAGGAUGGAUUCAGGAAGGAAAAUCGUAAGUGUGUUCCUUACAAUGAGACAAACUGCGGUCCAAAUGAGAUUUAUUCCACAUCAAACGAAUGCACUGAACAAUGUGGAACUGAUCCAGCAACAUGUGGUCCGACUGUUUCUCAACCAAGAUGCCUCUGUCAACCAGGAUACGUCAGAAUCGAUGGAGUUUGUGUUCCUCGUUCCAAUUGUCUAUGUGGAGCAAAUGAAGAAUACACCUACUCCAGUGAAUGCACCGAAAGGUGUAAAGAAAAUGAAGAUACGUGCAAACACGAAGUUCAGUAUGAGCGAUGUACGUGUUUGAAGUCGUACAAGAGGAUUGAUGGGGUAUGCGAACCGGAUACAAAGUGUGGCUGCCCGAAAAAUGAACAUAUGGCACUUCUUAACGAAUGUUUCGAAGCAUGUGGAACAGAUCCUCUUGAAUGUACACGUCUAGAAGCGGUUCGCGGGUGCACUUGCGACAUAGACUACAUAAGGGUAGAUGGGAAAUGUGUUCCUGAUGUCGAAGCGUGCACUUGCCCAGAGAACGAAGAAUAUAAAAGAACAAAUGACUGCCUAGAUAGUUGCGACAAAACGAUCGAUGAUUGCGCUAAUGUCUUAGUAUAUAGUAGAUGCGGUUGUAUAGAAGGCUUCAAAAGAAUCGACGGACAAUGCGUAAAUCAUACUAAUUGUCCAUGUCCGGUAAAUGAAGAAUACGGCUAUGGAAAUGAAUGCAUCGAGAGCUGCGGUACUGAUCCAACUAAAUGUGCUAAAUUUCCAACAGAGAAGCGUUGCGUUUGCACAAAGGAUCACAUGAGAAUUGAUGGAAACUGUGUUCCAUAUACUGAAUGUCCAUGUGGAGAAAAUGAGGAGUAUAGACCAUCUAGUAAAUGUAUUGAAAAAUGUGAAGAAAAUGAAGAAACAUGUGAAAAUGAAAAUCAGUACAGGCGGUGUACUUGUUUAAAAACAUACAAGAGGAUCGAUGGUAAAUGUGUACCAGACUCAGAAUGUGGAUGUCCGGAGAAUGAAGUAAUGGCAUACUUGAAUGAUUGUGUAGCAACCUGUGGCACAGAUCCCGCUGAGUGUGUACAACAGCCUAUGAUUCGUAAAUGCCAUUGUCUAAUAGGCUACGAGAGAAUAGACGGAAAGUGUGUUCAUUCAAAUUUAGUGUGUGGUAAUGAUUGCCCACAAAAUGAAGAAUAUAAAUUAACAAAUGACUGUCAUGAUUGGUGCAAUAAAACAGCAGCUCAGUGUGAUUAUGAGUACAGGCAAUAUCGGCAAUGUGGUUGCAAAGAAGGCUUCAAGAGAUUUAAUGGGGAAUGCCUAGAAGAUACCAAUUGUCCAUGUCCGGAAAAUGAAGAAUUCGGUUACGGAAAUGAAUGCUUCGAGACUUGUGGAACUGAUCCUCUCGUUUGUGCACAGCUUCCAACAGAGAAGCGUUGUGUCUGCAAGGCAGAUCAUGUGAGAAUCGGUGAAGAUUGUGUUCCGGAUUCACAAUGCAUGUGCGAACGGUUCGAGGAAUACACUUACGGAAAUGAAUGUAUAGAAGAUUGCGAGAUGUCGAACUCGGACUGUCGAAAUGAGCACUCUUAUAAGAGAUGUACAUGCUUAAACGGGCACAAGAGAAUAGGUACUGCAUGCGUUCCAGAUACCGAUUGUACGUGCGAUACCAAUGAAGCCUACCGAUAUGGUAGCCAAUGUUUGGAGGACUGUCGCAAUACUCCUGCGGAUUGUACCCAAGCUGAAUGCGAACGGGGAUGCUUCUGUGCUGAAGGAUUCAAGAGAUUCGGUGAAACCUGCCUACCCGAGGAGCGCUGUGAAUGCGGAGACAAUGAAGAAUACAGAUGUGACUGGGACUGCAAUGAGGAUUGUGAAGGAUUGGACUUGAGCUGUUUAUUAAGUCCCUGUACACCUGGUUGCUACUGCGUAGAAGGAACCCGAAGGAUUAAUGGCGAAUGCGUUGAUCAGGACCGCUGUACUUGCCGAAGAGGAAAUGAAGUGUUUACGUGUGGAAGGAGGUGCGCGGAAAGCUGUGAGGAUAUUCCGGAUUGUUUAAGUGAACCAUGUGUAUCUGGAUGCUACUGCAGACAAGAACAUCAUCGCAGGAUCAAUAAUAUAUGUCGCAGCAUGAGUGCUUGCGUCUUCCUUGAAAACACUGGUAAAACUUUGGGUCACGUAGAACACCGUACCAAUCAAACGUCUUAUGCAACAAAAUACAGUACCCGAAGUCAUGUAGUGUACUAGCCAUAAGUUUAAAUGUAUCAGCUUUUGUUCGCAUUUCGUUACUUAAUUAAAUACAGGACUUAAUUGAGAGAAAUGGUAAAGGGUAGCUUAAUACGCUUAAAAUUCGCAUAAAAAAUGAAUUUAUUAUUGCUCCAUAACCGUAAUGAUGCAAUGAUAAUGGAUCCCGGUCCGGGAAUACUUUUCGAAUAUGCUAUGCAUUUUGUUCUCAUUGCUUGCACGCUUGUAGUGCUUGUAGUCUAGUUGAAAUUAUUUUUGCCAUUUUCUUGCACUUCAAACUUAAGAAGAUAUAAUAACUCGAAUUUAGAUAAAAGACACGGGUUUUAGGAGGGGCAUGACGUUUUUUGUUUCCCAUAUGUUUCUAGCGUGCCGAAAAAGCUUUUGAGUUUAUAAGGUAUUUUCUGUCAUUGUAAAAUGAAUUAGCAAAUAACACAAAUACAAAAUAAAAGCCAAUUUAAUAUAGAAUAGGCAACCAAAAACCCCAAAUUGGCAACCUACGUAGUUUUGGAGAUAUCUCGUGAAAUAUAUACGAAAACAGGAAAAAAAUUAUAUUAAAAUGGUCGCAUUUUUCAGAGCUAAUGUCACCUCCCUGGGUUUUAGACCUAGAUUCUUAUUCUUCUUUAUUACAAAUACAACAUGAAGGAGCCAACAUGCUCGGAAACGUUGUAUUUGUAAUAAAGGAAGAGAUAAGUCUAGGCCUAUGCCGGUGUCUUUAUCUGAAUUCAUCUACUGACCAAGCAUCAAAUAAUAACUCCAAAUCCAUCGGGUGGAAAAGAAACCAACUUUAUAGAAAUAGCGAAGUCUUAAAAUCAAACAUCAGAGGCCUCUGAUGUCAGAAAAAUUUAAAAACCAAAAUCGUUUUUCAAAAAUCGUUCAACGGAGAUAUCGUAUGGAAUUUUCUUGGUUACGUUUUGACGAUAUUAUUACUAGUCGAUCAAAAGUGUUUUGAAAAUUCCGUAAAUUUUGCCUAAACAAAAAUAUAUAUGAAAAAAUAAUAUAUACAAAAAUAUUUAGAUCGAAUCAAUGACCAAAAACAAAAAUACAACGAUACACGAAAUCAACGUUGCAUUCUUUUCUUAAGAUCUUGCUAAAUUUUACUGAUGCAUAAACAAGAAGAAAAAAAAAACAAGUUAUUUGGUUAUCUAAAUAAACAAGCUUGACAGAGAGUUAAAAUAAUGCAAUUUGGUUUUUAUAGAUUCCACCUCGUAUAUUUUACUCCACCAAAUCUGUAUGGGAUAACUUAAAAAUAAGAAAUAAAAGAAAUAAUUUCUGACUGCA